GGUACGCCGUUCACGUCUUCAAGCCAGAGUCAAAUCGAGCGAAUUGCGAGUUGCCCCAUUAAGCUACUUCAUUCAGGACAAUAGUCCGGCAUGUGCGACGGGCAGGGCUGCAGGCACGAGUCCACCGUCCGCGCCUCGCUGCGCGGCGGCGGCGCCAAGCUGGGCGAGCGGCGGCCUGCAGCCGCGUGCGCCGGCCGGCAUGGCGCAACGACGACGGCUGACAAGACCCAGCCGGCGAGACAAUUGAGCACGUUGAAGGUGGAGCCGGAGAGGGAGCGGGAGGUGCCACGGCGGAUGACCGCCGGAGCUCAGGCGGAGGCAGCAGGGAUCGACAAGAGGGAGAUGCUCUUGCACCUGCUCCUCUGGGGGCCGAACUGACUGCCAAGUACGGAGUACGACGUGCACGCAGAGUCGAUCGUCUCCAUUCCCUUCUCCCCUAGCGCAAGCUGCAACCUGCCUACGGAUGUGACUUGCUGUUGCAUCGUGUCCACUUUGGCACACCCCGACUGUUUUGCACUAUAAUCUUAUUUGAUUUGAUAGGCAAGUGUUUAUAAUGGAGUAAUAAAAAAGGAUAAGAAGACUUCA